AGAGUGCAUCUGACCUGUGAACGGGAACAUGCUUCACUGCUGAGUCUGCUGGUUCACCUGUUCAACCUGCACCUGUUUCUAGAAUAACAACCACGCUACAGCUCAACAGUCCUCUCGCCAUGGCUCUGGCUGGAGUGAGGGUUAUCGAGCUGGCGGGUUUAGCUCCGGCACCGUUCUGCGGUAUGAUCCUGGCGGACUUUGGAGCCAAGGUGAUCCGCGUGGACCGGACAAAGGUGGCCAUGUCUUUGGACACACAAGGACGGGGGAAACAAUCUGUGGCCCUCAACCUGAAGUCAUCAGAGGGCGUCGCUGUGCUCAGGAAACUCUGUGUCCAGUCUGAUGUGGUCCUUGAGCCCUACCGUAAAGGUGUGAUGGAGAAGCUGGGCCUCGGCCCACUUGAGCUCUUAAAGGAGAAUCCCCGUCUGAUCUACGCUCGGCUGACGGGGUACGGCCAGAGUGGAUCUUAUGCCAAUACUGCUGGACAUGACAUCAACUAUCUCGCCAUGUCAGGCCUUUUAUCCCGGCUGGGUCGCACUGAAGAGAAGCCGUGCGCUCCACUGAACCUGGUUGCAGACUUUGCAGGUGGUGGUCUCACCUGUGCUAUGGGGAUCGUUCUGGCUCUGCUGGAGAGGAUGAAGUCAGGGAAAGGACAGAUCAUUGAUGCCAGCAUGGUCGAAGGAGCAGCUUAUGUAGGUUCAUUUGUGUGGAAGUCUCGUAGCGUUGGCUUGUGGGACCGCUCAAGAGGACAAAACAUGCUGGACAGCGGAGCGCCGUUCUACGAUACGUACCAGACUUCAGACGGAAAGUACAUGGCUGUUGGGGCCUUAGAACCCCAGUUCUACAUGCAGCUACUUCAGGGCUUGGAGCUCGAUGCUGGAGAGCUGCCUUCUCAGAUGAGCUUCAGUGAUUGGCCGGAGCUGAGACGGAUCUUCACGGAGCGUUUUGCCUCCAAGUCCCAGGCGGAGUGGUCUGAGAUUUUUGACGGGACUGAUGCCUGUGUUACACCUGUGUUGUCUUUCGACCAGGUGAGCUCACACCCACAUAACAAGGAAAGAGCUUCUUUCAUCGAAGACUCCAGCGGCGCUGAAAGCCCCCGGCCGGCUCCGGUUCUCUCUCGGACUCCUGCUGAGCCGUGCCUCUCCCCUGAUCCUGUUAUUGGAGAACACACAGCGGAGGUCCUUGAGGAAUACGGAUUUACAUCCGCUGAGAUAGACCAGAUGCGAGCAGCCGGGGUCGUGGAGUGUAAUGCUGUCAGAUCGAAGCUGUAAAGCCAAAAGCUUGAAUAUGACUGAUCAUUAAUUCUACUGACAAAUGGAAGUGAUUAAUACAGUUUAAAAAAACUGAACAAGACUGCCGCACAUCUCAGUCUAAUCUGCCUUUUUUAAAUGUCUUUUGAAUCUGUUGAUUCAAAAUAGAAACCAAAUUAAUUUUUGAACCUUUUCAAACUCAAACCGAGAGACUCAUAAAUACUCACCAAUCUCACCACUUUGUAAUGAUUUUCUCAUGCCUGAGUAACAUAAUGGACCGUGUUUUUACAGAGAGCAGAGGCUGCCGCUCACUUAAGUGUUGGAGACAUUUGGUUGGUCACAGUGAAAGGACAUCAUUUGCACACUUGGGGUAAAUGGAUGUAAUUGUGUAAGCCAGUAAUAUAGUAUGUCAGUCUUUUUUUUUUAAGUGCCUCUGCUGCCCUCAGAGUGCGUUUCUCUGAAGGACAAAAAAGCCUUGUGACUCUUAAAAGCACUAAGUACUAUGUAGCGCUACAUUUUUCGCCUGGUUGUAGAGUUUGUCAAAAGGCGUUUGUGGGCACAGCUUGAUAAUCAGUAUCAUAAAAACAGCCAUGUGAUGCAGCCUUUAGGGUUAGAUGUUGAGAUUAAAAGAUGAGUUGGAUUUAAACUUGCAGUAAAGCAGGCUAGGAAUGUCCUCCUAGUUAGCAGAUAUUUAUUUAUGAACUGCAAUUAAAUAUUGCAUUUUCACACUGAAGAAACAUUAUCUGAAUUUAGCUGCAUUUAAACAGUUUGUGUUCACCUACAAGUUCCACAAGUCACAACCCACCUGUGCCUUUUCCUCUUUAUUCUCAUGACAAAAAGAAAAUGAAAUUCAUCUUUAUUCAUGUUAGUUGUCAAGCUCAACUUUACACCUAACGGGCUUGAGUUGCUCCAGCAAAGAGAAAAAAAUCCCCCAAAAAGAUCCAAAGCGCAAACAUAGAAAGUCAGAGAAGAAUGAAGGAGAUGCCACCGGUCACCAUGGCUACGGAUCACUCACAAAAUGGACUGUGUCACAAAGUCGAAAAACAACAUGACCUUACUGGAUGCACAGGACUUUGAUUGAUUAAAUGACAGACAGAGGGGACAGAUACUCUAGCAUACAGUAUGGAAAAUGCUUCCCCAAGAGUUUAAGUGAAUAAAAAAAAAAUCAGAUAGCAGUUAUUUGUUCAGAAAAGAUCAAUUUAAUAUGUAACUCCAUUUACAGUCCAAUGGAGCCUUUUUUCAAAGCAGGAAGCUUUUUGAGUGAUAAUGUCAAUAACUGAUCUACAAAUCUUUGAGUUCAUAAAAUAUCUUCAACAAGCGUGUUUGUUGGGGAUUUUGAAUCUGCUGGUCGUGAAUCUUUUGUGUGUUGUGUUUUAUUCAGUUGGUGAAGUUCUUUCAGCACUUCUCACUGCUGCUCGAGGGUGCUGCUGAAGAUGAUGAUUUAUUAAGUAUGAAAUUCUCGGACCGUCUAUUGCUGGAUGCAUCAUGAAAAAUAAAGAACCUUGUAUGUAAUU